AUGCAUAUUACUCACAGUCCCCGGCUGCAUUCGCUCUCAAAUCACACUCCCUUCCCUCUCUGUUCAUUGAAGUCACCUCACGGUACCAUUUCCUUCUCCCCCCGAAUUGCAAAAUUCCUUGUGCCCAGAGUCAACUCCAAAUCCGGGUUCUUCAAAAGAAUAUCCAGAUCAGAAUCUGUUCCGGGAAGAAGAGAGAGCAGUGGGUUAGUGGAAUUACAGUGUUGUGGGGCACCUAACGGCGGGGAAGAAGUCGGAGAUGAUGCAAUUUACAUUAGGAGGUGUGUGGAGAUAGCUAGGAAGGCAAUUGGGUGCACGACCCCUAAUCCGAUGGUGGGUUGUCUGAUCGUCAAGGAUGGCCAAAUCGUUGGAGAAGGGUUCCACCCUAAAGCUGGUCAGCCACACGCUGAGGUAUUUGCUCUAAGAGAUGCUGGGGGAUUGGCUGAGAAUGGGACGGCUUAUGUGAGUUUGGAGCCCUGUAAAGUGUAA